AUGUCUCACAUCGCAGUUGAGAGGAAUCGAAGAAGGCAAAUGAACGAGCAUCUUAAAUCCCUUCGUUCUUUGACUCCUUGUUUCUAUAUCAAAAGGGGAGAUCAAGCUUCGAUAAUCGGAGGAGUGAUAGAGUUCAUCAAAGAGCUGCAGCAAUUAGUGGAAGUUCUCGAGUCCAAGAAACGUCGAAAAACACUAAACCGACCUUCUUUUCCUUAUGAUCAACAAACACUCGAGCCAUCCGCGUUAGCAGCCGCUGUGGCCACCGAUGCAACCGCCAGAGUGCCGUUUAGUUGCAUCGAGAACGUAAUGACCACAAGCACUUUCAAGGAAGUAGGAGCAACUUGCAACUCCCCUCAUGCUAACGUCGAAGCCAAGAUCUCAGGCUCUAACGUUGUAUUGAGAGUUGUCUGUAGGCGAAUUGAGGGACAGCUUGUGAGGAUCAUAUCCGUCUUGGAGAAACUAUCUUUUCAGGUUCUUCAUCUCAACAUUAGCAGCAUGGAGGAGACUGUCUUGUUCUUCUUCGUUGUUAAGAUAGGACUGGAGUGUCACUUAAGCUUGGAGGAGCUAACCCUUGAAGUUCAGAAAAGCUUUGUGUGUGAAGUCGAUGUCUCUCCCAACUAG